AUGCGAAACGGCACAAUUAACAAUGACUGCUUUCAAUCCCCUUACUAUUAUUCUUACCGAAACAAACUUGAGAGUCUGAAUUAUGUUGACUGGAAACAAAACUUGGAUAUUGUCCUAAUUGCUGAACAGUACAAAUUUGUGCUUGAUGAGGUGUGUCCAGAAAAACCUAGAGAUGAUGCUACGGAUGAUGAACAGAAAGCUUACCAAAAAUGGGUUAAGGCUGAUGAGAUGGCGCAGUGUUACAUUUCGGAAUCUAUGUCUGUUCUACAACAUCAACAUCAGUCUAUGGAGUCUGCUUACGACAUUCUGGAAAAUCUCAAAGAAAUGUUUGGAGAUCAGAAUCGUGCGGCUAAGUAG